AUGUCUAACUCAUUUCGUUCAUACAUUAAAAUUCGUACAUUUUUGGGCUAUCCACCAAAAGAUAUUCUACGAGAAUUACAAGAUGCAUUUGGUGAUGAAGCACCAAAAUAUUCUACUGUUCAACGUUGGUCAAAAAAGUUUCGCGAUAGUGCUCAAUCACCAUUCGGGUCACCAACAGGUAGUCAAGAUCAUUUUGAAACAUACAAUAGUGGAUCUGAUAAUCAAAUUGAACAAAAUAUAGACAUGGGUGAUAAUACAAAUGCUAGAAAAUCAGAUGCAAGUAUAUGUAAUGUCGGAAUUGAAAAAAAACCAUUGAUACGUUCAAAUCGACCGAAAAAACUUGGUAUUACCGAAUGA